AUGUUCAUCUCUCGAAAACUCGCGAAAGCCUCUCUCUUCGGGAGGAGAUCCUCUUUAUCCUCCUCUUUGAGCUUUUCGACCGCGUGUCGUCGAGCGAUUUCUUUGUCCUCUUUGUCUUCUUCUUCUUCACGGGAAGAACGAGGGGGGCGUUUCGGCGUCAAAUCGUCGUCGUCGUCGUCAUCGUCUGGAAAAAUGUUUACGACGACGACUGCGGCUGCGGCGGCGAGAGAAGCGCAUCGCAUGCAUCAUCGUCAUCAUCGCACGCAUCAUCGGUUUUUAGGACAACAAAUGCAACAAAAACGGUCGAUAUUCAUCCAAACGCAAUCGACGCCCAAUCCCUCCUCUCUGAUGUUUCUGCCUGGGAAACCGGUCCUGGAAGACUCUUCUUCGAUGAACUUUUCGUCCGCGCGGGAAUCCAUGCGAUCACCACUCGCGAAAUCUCUAUUCACCAUCGACGGCGUGACCGGGGUAUUUUUCGGCGCAGAUUUUGUGACGGUGACCAAAUCAGAGGCGUUCGAUUGGGAGAUGUUAAAGCCGGAAGUGUUCGCGAAGAUCAUGGACUUUUACGCGAGCGGCGAGCCGGUGGUGAAAGAGGAAAACGGGGAGGUCGAAGAGGCGGACGAUCCGAAUAGGAUUUUAGAUACGGACUCGGAAACGGUGGCGAUGAUUAAAGAGUUGUUGGAAACGAGGAUUAAACCAGCCGUGGCGGAGGAUGGCGGGGAUAUCGCGUUUAAGAAGUUCGACGAGCAGGACGGGUUGGUGUACGUGGAGUUAAGAGGCGCCUGCGACGGGUGUCCGAGUUCGACGGUGACUUUGAAGAGCGGGAUUGAGAAUAUGUUGAUGCAUUACGUGCCGGAAGUGAAAGGGGUGGUACCGUGGGAAGGGGAUAAGGAGAUGGAUUUGUUGGAUAUGGCGGAUUUGAUGCGAGGUCGUUAA